UUUAAGGUUCAAAUUCGCUUAAACGUACUGCAUAGAUCACAGCGAAUGAACAUCGAUCUAACAGCGUCCAGGCAACCGAUACUGAGCUCUAUUGUAUUAGUUUCUGUUCGCCAGUUCUUGUUGAACAAAACGGUACAAAUGUUUCGCUGGAACAGUCUUGUUCUGAAUAAAUUGGUUCGCUGUUCUGUUUGAAAUUUACACGAAACUUAAGUGGGAGCUAAUCUAUUUAGUUGGAAGAAUAAUAUAGUGAGUAAUGGACCUUCAAGCAUACUUAGUGAACAAGUUUGCGUCCUGGCGCCCCCCACCCCCGAUAGCGGAAGGCAGAACCAAGCGUGACGUCACUUUGAGCUGGUCUACGGAGCCUUUUGAAUUUCUGGAUGGAGACCUCUUGUUUUGGGUCCAGAAGAAAGAGAAGAUGCCGCCAUGGGUAGUCGUUUAUAGCGGUGGUAAAACAACAAAAACAAUUGACAAUCUGGCACCGAGACACCCUCACAAAUUUCGCAUUAAAGUUAUUUUAAAAUCAACUGCAGUGCCAACGCUAGCGGACAGAGCCCUUAAACAUUUUGGCAAUGAAAAAAAUAUUUAUGAACACAUUGAAGACAGAGAUACAGAAACUAAAAACAACUGUACUGCAAAUAAUGGAAAUAUCGAAACAUCUGAAGACAAUGCCAUCCUAAAACAGAAAGAAAUCAUAAAUUCAUACGAACCGACAGUAAAUGAGAAAGGUAAGUGGCUAGAGUCGCAAUGGUCUGAAGAAACCAGUAUUAGCACUGAUACAGACGGUACUUCUGUAAUUUGCUUCUGCAUGGCCAUCCGCUGUGGCUAUCUUAAACAGGUACAGGCUAUGCUUGAGGAAAGACCAGACCUUAUCGAGAUUGUUAACUCUACUAACGGCUUCACUCCUCUUGCUACAGCUGUGAGAAAAGGCGAAAUAAACACUGUAAAGUUCCUACUAACAGCUGGGGCCAACGUAAACCAGCCGUCGUCCAGCGGACAGACGCCAUUACACCUGGCUACACUCGGUGGUCGAGUAAUGCUGGUGGACUUGCUGCUGGACAAUGGAGCAGAUUUCCAGGCGCGCGAUCUCAACGGUCUUCGCGUCGAACACUACGCGGUAGAUGCCGGGAGUCCGGAGAUCCUCACCCACAUUCUGCAGCGAGGUGGGGACUUGACUGUCAAGGAUAAUAAUGGAUGGACCCCUCUCUUCAGGGCUGUGACCCAAGGAGCCGCGACGGAGCUGAUCGAGCUCCUGGUGUUAUCUGGGAGCGACGUAACAACCGCCGACUAUGCUGGACUGGGCUUGCCUUCCGCCGCCCGACUUCUACAUAAUCGACACGGUCGCGACCGAGAUUCGAUACUGCGUCUAAUCGACUCCCAAUAUCCUCAUGAGCAAGCCGUUGCCAACUUCACUCGCCUCACCAAGAAGAUAUCCAGCUUGCACACCAUCCUCAAAUGACGUCCGUUCUGUACCAAGCCUAGGAGUAAUACUCCUCUUAUAGCAACACCUACUAAAGAACCAAG